GCUACUACUACUUUCAAGAUCAAGACAGACGCUAGAAAAUAACACAAUUCAAUCUAAUUUGUUUCAAAGCAUAAUUUUAGCGUUUCCUAUUUAUUUCUUUACAUGUUCUACGUUUUUUCAUAAAAUAAUUUUCAAUGAUGUAAGCUGCAAUAGAUAUUGAAUUUGCAUGAAUUUUCAAUUUCGUUUAUUUUGUAAAAAUAGGUUAUCAAUCGUUCGCGUAGUAGUGCAACAACUCAGUUUUGUUAGAAAAUCUUCAGUUUAUAAGAUAUGGAAGCUGCUGUAGAACAACUUCCAGAUCAUUCGGAUGCGGAUAGUGUAAAAUUAAGUGAGGUGGGCUAUCAAACGUCCAACUCCCAAGCAGAAGAAAAUCCGAAACCAAACGGUGUCACAGAAUCCGACAACGUUACAGUUGAAAAUGUCGAUUUGCCUUCCGAAAAAAUAGAUGCUAAUGGUGACUCUGUCACUAUUACCGAGCCUAUUGCAAAUAAUUCUGUGGAAAAAAGAGACACUACGGAAACACAGCUAGAAAUAACAACCGUUGAAGGCAUAGAUUCCAAUAGUGUUUCGGCCGAUGAUAUAUCAGCUCCAGAUGAGCAAGAAAAUGCAAAAAUGACCUCAGAUAUAGAGAAAACAUUAGGGUCACCACAUCUUAUUUCAUCUUCGGAGCCAGAGAACCAGAGGACAGAGUCUGUUGUAAAUGAAAUUCGGAUUGAAGAGGUAGUGGUUGAAACUACUAUAAAUGCUGAGUCUGUUAAUGAAAAUAUGCAAUUUGAGACAAAAGUGGUUGUUGAAAGUAAUGAUACAAAUGAAAUUGACAUGAGUGCAAAUAGUGAGUCUGCACAUAAUAUAUUGAAUGAAAUGAAUCAAAAUAUUGAGUUGAGUGAAGUUCUGUGCUCUUCCGAUGUGACUGAUAAUGUAGAAAAUAACAAUUGCUCAAUCAGACAAGAAAUGUUUAAUAAAGAAGAAUUAUUGGAUAUAUUAGAGGGUAAUGAUGUUCAUUGUAGUGAACACCAAGUUAAAGAAAGGGAAAUAAUUGAGAGUAAAGAGACAGAAAUUAAUAGAGAAAUGGCAUUAAAGCAAUUAACUCGACUUAAGAAAGUAAGGAAACCACUACGUAAAAUAGAGCUGUUACCUAUUCCAAAGAAAAAAAACAAAACAAAAAAAGUGGUUGAAAUUAGUAAUGAAGAUAAUAUAGUGAAUGCUUUGGUAAAAGACUGGGAUGAUGAAAUAGAAGAGGAAGAUGCUUUGGAUGACAAUGAUAUUUCAUCAAUUGAAUCCGAGCAGGUACUAGAAAGUACUCCAAAUGCUAUUAAAGAUAAAAAAAGAGCUUCAAUUGAUUCUGUUACUAGCGAUGGACAGACAUCUAUUUUAAAUAAGAGUGGAGAUGAUAGUCAACCACAAAGAAGAUUAGGCAGAGUUAUAAAAAAGAAAGUUAUAUUUGAUCCUGAUAAUCCAGACACAUUCACAAAAGGUAAAGUUCAUACUAAAAGUAGGGAACCACAAACUGAUAAAGAUCAACCACCUUCUAAAAAAGUUAAAGCAGAACCAAUAGCACAAAGGGCAAAAUCAAAAUCUCCCACUUCUAAACUGCAAUGGAAGAAACCUUCUUCUAAGAAUAGCAAACAAAACAAAAGAUUAUCUGAAGUAGAUAGACUUCUCAUGGAUGAAGGUGCUGUGAACAUGAUUUACCAGUUAACACCAGAAGCGCCAAAGGGAAAGAAAAAUAUGAGAACCAAGGCAGAAUUUAUUAAGAAAAUACAGAGUACUACUCCUGAAAGCAAGGAGAUGAAAUUUAGAGAAAGGAAAAAAGAGCUCAAAGGUGAAGAUGGAGAGCCUAAAAAAAUACUAGGUGGCAAACACAGGACAUCUUUGAGUAGCUCAGUUCAGUCUCCAUCAAUGUGUGAAGACUUUGAAAACCACAGUGCUGAUGAUUCUAUAAUCUACCGCCGCCAUUCAUCAAGCUCAUAUUCAAGUAGUUGUUUGAGCCCCCGUCGUCUAAGUGAUAUGGAGGCUAGUAUUAAUCAAAAUUCAAAUGUUUUGCAUCAAGCCUUGGAUAAUAAAUUGCAACUUCUAGAUGAAUCUAGCUCUCCUCAAGCAAAAGAUGUGAAACACACUCCUGCUAAAGAAAUUAUUAAUAAAGAUGACUGUUUGUCAAUUAAAAAGAAGUUGAACUCUAAGCUGUCUUUGGCAUUAAACAAGAGAAAAAAAGAUAUGGGUAAAUCUGAUAAAUCACUGAAGAAACAAGUUAAAUCAAGUGAAACUGAGGUCAAAAACGAGAUUGGUAAUUACAAAAAUCUAACUGUUAAAUGUGAACACAGGAUUGCUGAAAUUUGUAUUAAAAAUACAAAUACUAAAUUUAGUCUAGAGAAUGUUAAAGAAGUUAUGGAGGCUUUAUCAUAUGUGGAUUUGAGAACGGAUACAUCUGUCACUUUACUAACAUCAGAAUGUGGAACAUUGUGUUCAGAGUUAGAUUUUAGACCAUCAUUGAACAAUGAUUUGGAAGUAAGGCAAAAAGCUGCAAAUGAGAUCACUGAAUCACUAAGAUCGUUAUUGUGGGCUGUGGGGCAGCAUAGCAAGUUAUUAUGUGUGGCGGUAGGCAACGCGUGCGCGGGAGGUAUUGCCGUAGCCCUGGUCGCGAUGGCAGACAUGUCUUUAGCUGCAGAGGGCGCCACCUUCGCUCUAUCGCACGAUCCGUCAGCACCACCCGCGCCAGGAAUAGCCGCUCUUAUCACGUCUCACCGACAACUGCCACAAGCAUUGAUAAAUGAUAUGGUGUUAUUCGGCCGACGAUUAUCAUCAUUCGAGGCUUUACAAGGCGGUCUCGUCAGCCGCGUGUUAUGCAACGCCGGGUUCUCUGCUCAAGUGCAAGCAGUAGUCAGUGAAAUUGCGAAUCAACCUAUGGAGGCACUCCUACUAAAGAAGAAGUUGCUUGGACUCAAGAAACCGUCAGCUGACGUAUUUUUGUCACAUUUGGAGACAGAACGAGGCCUCAUGGUUAAUUAUUGGACCUCCGCGGAAGGCCAACAAGCUAUCAAGGCGUCCAUCCAAAAUUCUCAGUAACAUUGCCACUGUAAAUGCUAAAACGUGAAAUUGGAAACACUUCGGUCGAGGUUAAUAUUUAACCCUUUCAAUGUGUAUUCGAGUAAAUAUUCGUGUUUUUGGAGUGUACACAAAACCAAAUCAUGAAUUGUGAAAACGCGAAAGACUUUGUGAAAGAACAUUCACAUUAAUAUAUUUUUGGCAUCCUGAUAGUGGUAAUUUCUUAACACCGUUUGGCGAUUAGGAUACUGUUCAUGUCAGUAGUACUAUAUUAGUCAAAAAAGUUCAUGUGUAUUUAAUAACUUCCAAGGGAUUUGUGUUUUUUUCAAUGCCGUAUUUUUGAUGUAUGGUCUCCAUAAUCUUUUUAUGGUUAAAUAGAAGCUUUGUUACAAGCACGUGUGUUUUUAUUGUCCAUUGCACCCGGAAGUGUUUCGUCAAUUCCGCUGGACUAACAAAUAGAUGAAAAAUGAGACCAAUACUGCCAACGUUAUCACAUUGUGAGCUGUACAUUUAUGUCCUCAACCAAACAAUAAAAAGGGGUUGCAAUAAUUUUAUGUCGCUAAAAGUAUUAAUAAUAACAAAAAAAAUACUUAUAUGAAUUUCGUGUUUCAUAAUACUCUAGGUAUAAUACUACACACUAUAACGAAUGUAUGUUACACAUUGUCGUUUGCGCCCGUUCACAAAAUCUGCAUAAUGCCAGAAGAGGAAUAACUGGUAUUCUUUCAAAUCUAUGAUGGGUUUUAUACUUCAUAGGAUAUGUCAGGGUUCUUAACAUAGGUUUAUAUUUGGUGCAGUCAUUGACAAAUUCAAAGAAAUUGUUAGUAAUAAAAUAACUUAUUAAUAAAAUACCUGUAGUAGGUAUUUUGCUAUACGGCAAAUAUAUUUGCUUUCUGUUGAAAUUUUAGAAAAGAAAGACUACGUGUUUGUAUGACAAUGUUCUCCCCCUGCAGUUAUCGAAGAGGUCUAAAACGUUCUGGUUACAAUAUAAUAUAGUAAUUGCAAUGUACUAGUACUGGGAACAGCUGCGAGACUCGAAAUUAAUCAUUAAUAAAAUGUAGACCGCUUUAUUUAUGGUGACUGUCUUAUAAACAUUGUUUUGUACCUUUUUGUCUUUAAUUUCAUUUUCUGCCUUGAAUGUAAGUACACAUUGGUGUAGCUUUAUCCAAAAAUAAGGCAGUCUUUGUAAACACCUAAAAGAUUUAGAUUUUAGUCAUAGAUUAUUAUGUUAUGUUAUAGAUAAAAUUGUUUAUCUCCUUGUUUUAGAUGUUAUGAGUUUAUAAUUUAGAGCGAGAUAUCUUGUUUCAACAGCCAAAGUUCUAUAAUGAGAUACACUUGGUAAAGGAGUGGCUAACAAUAUCAAAUAAAAAUAUAUAUUUUAAGAGUAUUCAUUCCUUUCUGACGCGAAAUUGACUGUUAUAUUACUUUUUCUCUUAUAAUUAUUAUGUAGUUAUUUUAUUAGUUCUCAUAAGAUAUAAGAAUAGCAAUAAUUUAUUUCCUUCUAGUUAUCAUUACUACUUACCUAAUAAAAAGUGCCUUUCAUCAUCAUAAUAUAAUUUUGGGUUAGUAACUUUACACAAAAAAUACUUACUCCUUGAAACCAAAAGACCAUAACUAAUUAAAUAUUGUUGGAUUGAAACACUUACGUUUAUGUAUAAUUGUACACUCUAAACUUUCAAGUAAUGCAAUAUUUUAUUCUCUAAGUUUGUUAUUGACCUUGUCGUGUCACGAUGGAAAAUCGAAAGUGGUUAACGCACUUUGCGAUUAUUGCUUGAGCUUGAUCCAAAUAUAAUAAUAAGCUUCACACAAUCUCGACAUUGAAUGAAACCGCUUCUUGCAUCUACGAAUGUACCCACAGAAGCUCUUUAGCAUCUACGUAACUCCAAUCUCCAAUCUAUUAACAACCUUAGUGGUUUAGUUCAAACUUGAAGUUUGUAUAUUUAUCUGAUCAUUAUGUCGAACCUUUAAUGAUAUUUUGAAUCGAACGCUUUCAAGUAAAAACCAUUAUACACAGGUAUACAUAUAAUUGAUUGUAAAAUUUAUUUCCUUUGUUCUUUUCUUAUUUUGUUUCCCUACUUGUUAUAGUUUAGAUACGUAUACUUGAACAUGUAAGCAGAAUAGAAGAUAGUGCAACAUACUUUUUAAUUUUAAAAGUACGUAUAUUUGUUUUUUUUACUUCCAUUACGAAUUUAGUGAUUUGCGAUAUGGUUACAAUAAUUAAAUUACCAUACAGUACAAUAGCAAUAUACGGCGUUAACAAGCUGUGAAAGCAUGUCACUUAACUGUGUGACUUUUACUGGUUAAAACCCAUGAGGUAUAAGAAUAGAGUGAGGAAGGCGGCUCUAAAAGUGUCCGUCUCGUAGAAAGAGAAAGAAGAUGAGAGAAGGCUAGCCUUUCUCUCCGACCGACGAAUACCGACCAAUCACACGACUACACAGCAAUACCGACCAAUCGCACGACUGCGCAGCGUCACAAAAGAGAGAGAGAGAUAUAGGUUGCUUUCCAAUUACAGCAUUAUUGCGC